GUCUCCAUGAGGCUUAUCCCUCUGAAGCGAAUCGAACUCGUGAAUUCUUGCGCGAAGAGCCGCCUCACUAGACCAGACUCCCUGCGGCCUGCGCGAGGGUAAGGCGAGCGGAACCAUGGCUACCUUUCGGUGGUUACUGCCGCUACCUGCUCUCCCCUUCCGCCCCUCGCCAACUUUCAGACUGCUUUUCUCUUCCCCGCCGCCUCCAUGCUCUUUUCUCACUUCACCCGGCCUCCCCAACUCUUUUCUUACCUUCCAAACUCCUCGUCAUUUGCUCCCUUUCCGUGCCAUUCAUCCACAACAGCAGAGUGGCACGCUUCUAUCUGGAAGCAUCUUCGAAGAAGACGACGAGGAUGAAGAAUUUGAAGAGGAGGAUGAUAGUGGUAGAGAAUUCGAGGAAGAUGGCGAUGAUGGUAACCAAAAGGAAGAGGAGAAGACAAGCACAAUCCCUUCUACUGCACCGCAGUCAGUUAACAAUUUCAGAAGCAGAGGGACGCCACCGAUGCUGACUAUUAAGGAGAAAAAGGAGCUCGCUUCCUACGCCCAUUCACUUGGGAAAAAACUCAAAUGCCAACAAGUCGGGAAGUCGGGGGUGACCGCGUCUGUAGCCGCGUCUUUCGUCGAAAGCUUGGAAGCUAAUGAGCUUCUAAAGCUGAAAGUGCAUGGCAGUUGCCCCGGAGAGCUAGUUGAUGUAGUAAAGCAAUUAGAGGUAGCAACAGGUUCUGUGGCUGUUGGUCAGAUUGGUCGCACCGUGAUCCUUUAUAGGCCUAGCAUCAGCAAACUGAAGGCAGCGCAGAAGAAAAGGCAGGACAACGUGGUCCGGAAAAGAUACAGCUCAAGAUCUGGGUUGCCGCUGAGAACCCAAGAACCACGGGUAUCUAGUCAAGGGCGCCGUAGAAGCAAAGUCUAGUUUUACGCUAUUUCUCUCUGCCAUUUAAGAAUCUGCAUGUUUGGUUGCUUUGCCUUAUCGGCAUAGGCGAACGACGAAACAUCUUGCUUUCCAUUCCGCGUAUGAAAGGUCUGCCAAAUAGUCACUUUAUUGCUUACAUUGGUUACAGAUAUUUGCUGUCGGUAUUUGGAAGCUGCAAGUCAUCGAGUGUAAAGAAUUUCUCAAGUUUCUGCUUAAGAGUCAAAGGGAAUUUUGUUGUGUGAGCUCAAUGUGAAUGAAAUUAUUUGUUCUGAAGCAACUUGAAUCAUGAUUCAUGUGUAGUGCUCACUUUUAUCUUUUUCGUUUCUUACUGAUCAUGGGAAUUAGUCGUGCAAUCAAGUGAACAUCAUGAUUAUCUAUGCUGUA